AUGGUUGCACUCGUGCAGAAGAUGGUGUCCUCUGAAGCCCUGGAUGCCCACAUUACUGUCCCCUUCCCUCUUGCUCACUUGCCUGUCACCAUCCCUUACUUCAGCUUUUCUGGCUCUGCCCAGAUGCAAGGGGACUCCCCUGUUCACGGGGACACAGAAGGUGGGAAAACCGAGGCCAAGGAAGUGAAGUGCCUUACCCAAGGACCCUCCCUUAUUUCUGGACCUGGCCGAGCAGGAGGUGCCAUCAUAGGUGUUGACAUUCAACAUAACAAGGACCGAAAGGCUCGGCACAAGGAGCCUGAGAGCCAGGACCUGCUACCGCUGGUCACGCUGUCCAGGUUUCUAGCCAGACAAAUGAAUUCUACCUCCAAUCAGGUUGUGCUGAAAAGGUUAUUUAUGAGUUGCACUAACCGGCCAGCUCAGUCCCUGUUCUGGAUGAUCCGAAAGAUGAAGCUUCCUGGCCCAGAGAACAAGGCAGUUGUGGUUGAUUUUUGGAUUUUUGAAGUACCCAAACUAAAGGUGUGUGCACUGGUGGGCAGCCAGGCCUGAAGUCGCAUCCUCAAGGUUGGGGGUAAGAUCACCACCUUCGACCAGCUGGCCCUGGAGUCUCCCAAGGGCCGUGUCACUGUGCUCCUGUCUGGUCCUCUGAAGGGGCAAGAGAUGUAUUGGCAUUUUGGCAAGGUCCCAGGAACCACACACAGCCAUACCAAACCCUAUGACCUCUCCAAGGGCCGGAAGUUCGAACGUGCCAGAGGCAGAAGGGCUAGCCAUGGCUAUAAAAACUAACCCUGGAUCUUACUGCUAUUAAAAAAAAGAAGAAGGAAAAAAAAAAAUCUUUGGCUACAAAGACAAACUGAACCAAGUUCGUGGGAACUCAUGAACUUUAGACUGACAGCUGUGGAGCCUGCAUGGGACUGGACUAGGCCCUCUGCA